UCAGGACUCUUCUCCUAAGCUGCCAGUGAGGGAUGCUAGUGAGGGAAUUGCCUACGCCGUGAAGCUUUCUGGGGGGCAAAUCCCUCGGCUUGUCAAUUCGAGUACGAUUAGUUUUCUAUAUGGAAUAGGGGAUCUCGUAUUGGCCGCUAGCCGUCGUGUUCAACCGCUGUAUGCCUCCCAACGGCACAACCGCGCGAAUAAGAAGUGCUCGUCGAGGCUCUCGCUUGAGAGCGUGCACUUGUUUCGAAGAGCGCGCGAGUGACGGCGACGCGACGCCAUGAAUCAGUAUCACAUCUACGACCAGAUCGGCAAGGGCCGCCACUCGGUGGUGUACAAGGGUCGCAAGAAGAAGACGGUGCAGUAUUUCGCCAUCAAGAGCAUCGAGAAGUGCGAGAAGCCCAGAGUCCUUCAAGAGGUGCGCACGUUCCACACGCUCAACCACGACAACGUCCUCAAGUUCCACGCCUGGUACGAGACAGCCAACCAUCUGUGGCUCAUUCUGGAAUACUGCGUGGGCGGCGACCUUCUCGCCUUGCUAAGACAGGACUCGAAGCUACCCGAGGAGUCCAUCCAUGACUUCGCCCGUGACUGCGCCCAGGCCCUGCAAUUCCUGCACUCCAACAGCAUCAUCUAUGCGGACUUCAAGCCCUCCAACGUGCUCCUUGACGAGAACGGCCGCCCCAAGCUGUGUGACUUUGGACUUGCUCGUCGCCUCACGGACAUAGCCAAGGGCUCGCAGGCCCUGCCGCCAGUGCCCAAGCGCGGCACGCCGUGCUACAUGGCGCCGGAGCUGCUGCAGGAGGGCGGGGUGCUGUCGUUCGCGUCGGACCUGUGGGCGCUGGGGUGCGUCAUGUACGAGUGCUACGCGGGCCACCCGCCCUUCCACUCCCCCACCUUCUCCGCGCUCGUCGCCGCCAUCCUCACGGAGCCCCCCCCGCCCCUGCCCGGGGCCCCCUCGCGCGAGUUCCAAGAUCUCGUGCUGCGCCUGUUGGAUAAGGACCCGGGGACCAGGAUGGGGUGGGAGGAGCUUAGGGAGCAUCCCUUCUGGCAGUCGCCGAUUAAAGCCCUGCCGCUGCCGCCGCAACCCGCGCUGAAGAUCUUUCUUCGCGCACAGGCGCAGGCGGAAGCGGAGGCGCAGGCACAGGCGGAAGCGGAGGCGCAGAUGCAGGCGCAGGCGGCAGGGCGCAAUGGGGGAGGCAGAGGAGCAGGCGAGGGGCGGGAGAUGAGCGGGUCGAGUGAGCGCGAGGGGCGCGUGGCUCUAGGGGACGUGGCGGCUGCAUGCGGCAAUGCGGGGGAUGGGGGGGUGGGGGGGAGCGCGGAGUUCAGGAGAGAUGCCCUGGCGGGAAGAGGGAUUGCCAGCAAAGGCGGCAAUGGGGGGGAGAACGGGGGGGAUGGCGGGGCGGGGAGGGGAGGGGCACCCGCACCAGCAACACCAGCACCAGCAGCACCAGCAGCGCAAGCAACAGCAGCAACACCAACAACGCCCGGAACACCAGCGGCAGCAGCAGGCGGGGCAGCAGUGGCGGCGGAGGUAGUAGCAGCGAGCGUGCUGCGCCUGUCGCGCAUAGUGCGCAGCAACCUGCAGAAGGACGCGGAGGGCGGCGAGGGCGCGGGCGGGAGCUACAGGCACGGCGGGGCGCUGAAGGGGGGGAGCCGGGAGGAGGUGCUGCUGGCGAGCCACGAUAUGGAGGUGGACCUCGAGGAGAGGAGCCUUGGCGCGGAGCAGGGGGGCGGGGACGGCGCGCAUGAUGAUGGCGGGGUGGAGAGCGGUGAGGAGGGCGCAAGCAGUGGUGGGGAGGAUGCGGGGGUGGGCAGGGAGAGGAAGGGGGCGCGUGGUGCGAGGGGGGGGUCUGACGUGGAGGAUGAUGGGGAGGGGGAGGGGGAGGGGGAGGGAGCAGGGGGGGUGUGGCGGGAAGGGGAGAGCGCGGGAGGGAAAGGGGAGGAGGUGAGUGCCGGUGAGGAGGAGCAGGCUCCAGCCAGCAUGGCAGCGGCAGCACCAGCACGGCCACCAGCCGCACCACCGGCAGCAGCAACAGCAAGAGCAGCAGCAGCAGGUGCAGGUGCAGCAGCAGCGACGACAACGACGACGAGCAUGACAACGACGAGUGUGACGGGCGGCAGUGUGACCUCAGAGGAGAUCGAGCUUGACCUCAGCAGCGGCGCCGCCACGCCCCUGCACCCCUCCUCCGCGCGCCACCCAAGGGACGCGCGCAGGGGCGCGGGAGGCAGAGAGGCGGGAGGGGAAGGCGCGAGGGAAGGAGAGAUGGGAGAGGGUGAGGAGGAGGAGGUGGUGGGGGGGGUGGCAGCGGAAGGGAGUGGAGACGGGGAGGGUGAGGGGCAGCAGGUGCGGGUGGGAGGGGAGGAGAAGCGCGGGGAUACGAGGGAUGGAGCAGCAGGGGAGGAGCGAGGCGAGCAAGUGGAGGGGGAGAGGGUGCAGGUGGCAAGCGGUGGCGAGGGGCAGGGGGCGCAGGGGGCAGGACGGGCCAAGGUGGCAGGGGAAGGAAGAGGAGGCCGAGCGAGUGAGGGGGCAGCAGCACCAGCAGCAGCAGCGGCAGCAGGAGGGGGCGAGAAGAGCCUGUCAGCAGUGGAUGUGAUGUGGCAUGCGUCGGACCUGGCAGUGAAGCCCAUCGUGCUGAACCGCCGCAUUGAGAAGCUUCCAGAGCCCUCCUUCGACGCGCGCCACCUCCCCAUGGACCCCCUCUCCCCCGCCGACCUCGUCAAGCUCGCAGGCGGCACCGCACCCGUGGAGGGGCAGCGCGGCAGCAGCAGCGCAGCGGACGCCAUGCUGGGGCGGCUGGUGGGAGUCAUGUCUGGGAGCUUUUCCCUGGCGGACAAGCUGAACGUGCUCAAGUAUGUAGAGUCCUUGGCGUACGACCCGGAUGCUGCCAACGUGGUGAUCAACAGCGCGCUCAUGGUGUGCCUUGUGAAGUUCCUGCGCAACUGCAAGGUGCCCGCCCUGCGCGUGGAGCUCUGCACCGCCAUCGGGCUGCUCGUGCGCCACGCAACGGCCAUCCGCAGGGAGCUGGCGGGCAGUGGGCUGGUGGCGGUGCUGGCGGAGUGCCUGCGGGACAAACAGGAGAAGGUGCGGCGCCGAGCCAUGGCGGCGCUGGGCGAGAUGGCCUUCUACAUCGCCACGCAGAGCCCCACCCCUGCUGCUGCCGCUGCGGCGGUUGCUCCGUCGCCUGCCAGCGGGUUGGUGGUGGGGGCAGCGGUGGGGGCGGGGUGGCAGCUGACGGGCACGACGGUGGCUCUGAUGGGCGCCAUGCUGCGACGAGGCGAGGACGAGGUGACCAUGCACUAUGCUGUCAAGACCAUCGAGAACAUCGUCAGCGAGGGGCCAGCGUGGGCGGCGCGCUUCGCAACGCAGGAGACGGUGGGCAACCUGUGCCACAUAUUCCGGCACUGCUCGUCCCGCCAGGAGCACCUGAAGCUCACGGCGGGCUCUUGCCUUGUGCGCAUUCUUCGAUUCGCCCCCUCGUGGGUGGCGCUGGUGCUGGACCGGUUAGGGGCCAGGGACGUGGUGACCGGGCUCGCCAAAGCGGCGCCCAGGGAGCAGCAGCUGCUGUUGAGUCUGGUCAAUGUGGCGCUGGCUGCUGCGGCGGCGGGGCAGCUGCCAGCACGGCAGGUGACAGCUCUGACAGAGGACAAGGGGGGGCUGCCCGCAGCGGCGGUGGGGCUGCUGCUGCAGGAGCAGGCUACUGAGGUGCUGAGAGGCAAGGCCCUGUGCUGCGUGGCGCUGCUGCUGCGCACCAACUGGCGCCUGCUCGUACCGCUCUGCACCGCACACAAGCUGGUGCCGGCGCUGGAGAGGGUGAGGAGGGAGGCGAAGCCGAGUGGCAAGGAGGAGGCGUUUGUGAGCGUGUGUGUGGAUGCAGGGGUGCGGACGGUGGCGGGGGCGGCUGAACAGCUGAUGGCGCAGAUACCGCAGGACAUCUCCGUGCUAGUGGCUGCUGUUGCGGCCACCACCACCAACUCCGCCAACUCGCCCAUCCCCUCUGCUGUCCUCACUGCUCCCUCACCUUCUGGCGGGUCCUUGUCUCGCAAAGCAGGCGCCGCUGCUGCCGCCGCUGCUGCUGCUGUUGCUGCUGCCACGAGGACAGGCAGUGCGGGGGAGUCGUCGCCUCACACGACCCAGCAGCAGGCGCUGCAGCAGCAGGCGCUGCAGGCGAGCAUAGUGGACAUGCUGUCCGUGGUGGUUAUGCUGGUCACGAGCCCACUACUGCGGCCACUCAUAGUAGAGGCUCUGCUGCUGCAGCAGCUCACGGACUGCCUCACCCUCUGCCUCUCCAACUCCGCUUCGCUCUAUCCGUUGGAGCAGCUACUGGCAGCAGUGCUGCUGGCAGUGGAGGCGCUGUGCCAGCAGCCGCAGCAGCUGCUGCAGCAGACGGCAGCGCUGACCACGUGCCUGCUGCCGGCGCUGGCGCAGCUCUACUCCAAGGCGCCGGCGGGCGAGACGCGCUUCAUGUGCAUCAAGGUCAUGGGGGACCUCUUUGCCCUGCUGCUGGACCACCUCACUGCGCUCAGGCAACGGGGGCGCGAUCUGCAGGCAGGGGAGCAGGGCGGGGAGGGGGAGGCGGAGGGGGAGGGGGAGGGAGAUGGGGAGAGGGAGAAGGCGGAGUGUGAGGCGGCGCGGGCGGUGGUGCAGGAGGUGGUGUGUGGGGAGGUGCUGCCGCUGUAUGACUCGCUCAUGGCGGACGAUGAGCCCGUGCCCACCUUUGCACAGAAGCUGCUCGUCAACUUCCUGGACCACUCCAUCGUGUCUGUGGACAGCAUUCUCGCACUGGGGCUCGCCGCCUGCUUCUUUGAGAGGCUUGUGGGCGAGCCUGCUGCCAUCAACAUGCACACGCUGCGCCUGUGCCUCAUUCUGGCGGCCAACCCCGCGGUGGACAAGCGGGCGUUUGCGCACCUGCACCUGGUGCCGCGCAUGGGUGCGCUGCUUCAGCACGUGUGGCAGUGCGAGAUGGCGGACUUUGUGGACCCGGUCGUGUCACUCUGCCUGCUCGUGCUGGAGCGCCAGGUGGCGGAUAACGAGAGCGGCGAGCAGGAGGGGGGGGCAGGGGCGGGGGGGGCGGGGGAGGAGGAGGUGGAGCAGCUCGCGGAGUUCACCCGAGUCUUUAUGCAUCUGUGUGCUGACCCAGACCCUGUGGUGGCGGAUAUCGCCUCCGACUGCCUCUCCCUGCUGCUGCACGCCGUGCCGGACCAUGUGGGGCUCGCGCUCGCACCCCACAUCCCCGACCUCACCACUGUGCUCGCCAGCACAGCACAGCAGCUGCAGGAGCUGGAGCAGCAGCAGCAGGCGGCGGGUGAGACAGGGGAGGAGGCGGGGGGGGCGGAGCUGGCAGUGAAGGUGAAGGUGCUGCUGCUGCGAGCGGCGGGGUGCACGUGCAAGGAGCUGCGCACGGCCAUUGUGAGGCGGCGCGAGGAGGUGGCGGCGCCAGUGGGCGAGCUGCAACAGCUGCUGGGGCUGGCGAGUGCGGCCAAGGGCAGUGCGGUGGAGGAGGUGGUGGAGGCCGCUACCACCACUGCCACGGACGUGCAGCGACUCCUGCGAUGCUGCUCCUGACGCACUCUUGGUGGCACCAACACCUCUGAAGAAUUCCUUCCAGAUACUCACUGGCUGCAGCCGACCGCACACUCUGUCGAGCCUGCAUGCUGCCUGGGAUACAUGCAGUGCAGUUCCAGUAGUCGUCCUUCAAACACGUGUGCUGCCAUGUCCACUACCUGUGGGCAUAUGAAUCUAUGGCAGCACAACUAGAACCCUUACAGUAGUACCUUAUUCCCUACUUACCCUGUGCCUGCUUUCCCCUUGCGUGUCCCUAUCCCGCCCCCCUUUCGCCUCCAUCUGCUUCCUCCAUGACUGGUCUGCUGACCCUGGGUCAGCCUGUCUCCCCUUACACGUCACUUCCGCCCACCGUCUUCCUCUACCAACACCAGUCCCCCCCUCCUCCACACACGCCAUUAUGGCAGUACCCAAUCCACAGUAAUUGCCAUGGAAGGGAAGUUGGACUCUGUCUAGGGUUUCCAUGGUGUUGUUGAAAUUGUCAUCACUUAGGUGGUUGCCGACCUCUGCAUCCCGAACAUGUAACACCCUCAACAGCUAAGCUAUCGUAUGUG